AUGUCAACACUUCUUCCACUGACCCCGCGACGCGGAACCAAACGAGUCUCUCACCUUCGCCAUGUUAGCAAUGGGAGCUCCGAAAAUGGGACUGCGUUUACAAGCAGACCAGUCACUCCGAGCUCAAGUACAGGAACUAUUCAGCACGACCCGAUAACUUCAAAACUUCCUGUUGAAAGGCGCUGCAAUCUUUGGACACACGAUGAAGCUUUAUCGAAAGAAGAAGUUGUUCUCAAUCUGGAUUUGUUUCCAGAUGUCAAAGCAGGGGAGCUCAUGGCUAUCGUAGCCCUCAAAACAGACUUAGGACUUCGCGAUUUUCAAGAUAAAUCAGUGUUGAAUAAACCCGGUGUCGAUAGCGCAACGGCUUCCGGGCGGUUUGGAAAGUACGAUUGGAAUCAGACUGGUCAUGGACAUCGUGAAAAAAGCUCUAGGCAUGAUGCGGACUUCGGCAAACGUUAUUUGUUCCUCGCAAAAGACAUGCCAAAAGAGUUGAAGCUGAAACAGCCCGGAUUGGAGGUAUCUCUUGCUAAACUAAUCGCCGAUGUAUUCAAUUUGAAGCAUCGCUCAAGUGUACUUCUCUGCACCACUGAUACAGUCACCAGCUCUGCAUCCCAUGUCGAGAUGUCGUUUAAAGAUGAAUACCUUGCUCGAUCAGACAUGUGGAGAUUGACUGUGGACGAAAUGAUGAACAAGGCCGUUUACAGAGGGCAAAAGAUUUUGUUCAUGGGCACGAUCAAAGCACAAGUUACUUGCGUUUACAUUGGUGGUCGAAAGGUGCAGUCUGCAUUUUUUUCCACAAACACCAAACCAAUCUUUCGGAGCGAGUCGGCGCGCUACGUUCUUUUUAUCCAGAUGUCGCGGGAGAUGUGGGAUUUUGACUCCGAGGGUUCAGGAGAAAUUAUGUUUAACAAGGUGGUGAAUGGCUUUCUACCAGCAUUGUUCAAGAAGUGGGUACAGCUCAAAGUAAAGCAUUUAGUCAGUAUAGUCUUAUUCACAAGAGUCGAAUACGAUACUGGACUGGCUUCAGAAUUGGCAAGAUCCUCCCACGAUACCGCUUACCACACGGGUGUGCAGACUGAUGGUAGCAAGAAGCCAUACAAGGAUUUUUAUCGAGUUGUUGUCAGUGAAAUGGCAAGUGGAGAAUGGACAACGAUUCUAUAUCAGUUGAAGCGCGAGUUUAAAUUCUUCCGCAAAGACAUUUCCAUGCAUCGGAUCGAGUUAGUUACGGCCUUGGGGAUGCCCUCGUCCGCCACCAAUAAAGGUACUCUUGGAACACGUAUUGAGGCCGAGCCUUCCCUUGCCAUGCAUGGAAAUGUUCUCGAAGCGAUCGAUCUCGCAUCAAGCCAAUUCGCCCAUGAUUAUAUUGAUCGGGACCUUGUUAGGACUGGAAUAUCCAUUGUUGUUGUGACUCCCUGCGUUGGAGUUUUUGAAGUUGAUUAUGAAACUCUCCGAAAAACCACGGAAAGCCUGGUUGGUAACGGCAUUGCAAUUGACCUUAUUUGUUUACCAAAGAUGCCACUGCACUCUGUACCCCUUUUUCGAUACAGAAAUCCUAGAUAUGCUACGCACCAAGAAGCAUUGCAUUUCAAAGCUCUUCGUAGCGAGGACAGCACCCCACGUCAGACAGCCCCUAUAUUUGGGAGUUAUUCAUCCAUAAACGGCUCACUAUCUCCGCCCAAGGCUCGUGAUAGAGCUUUCCAAAAUUCAUCAUCCAAUAACCGACAAGACCCUAGUGAAUGGAGCUAUGCAAUACCCCAUUGGAUCGAUGUAUCCUUUUGGACGGGGGCAUCCCAAGACCUUAUUUCUACGCAUCCCCUAGCUGACUCGAAACUCUUCGAAAAACGAGUAGCCGAGUCCUCUAGUGAUUUCGCAAUACGUUGUAAAAUGUAUGAAAUGGAAAUGGCUAGUGUCAUGGAAAAUGCGAUGACUGAGAUUGCCGUUCCGCCCUUGCAACUAAAUGUCAUGUUUCCCCAAAUGUUAAUUCAAGAGCCCCGUGAACCUGCUAGUUCGAGAAAUUAUCCGAACAAAAAUACUUGGGAACGAGCGAAGUUACACUUUAGCCUCUCAGAGUUUGUUAAUGGGCCGUCAAAAUCUGUAAUUGACCGGCAUGCCAGUCAAGCUGAAAAGAAAUCCCUAAAGGCACUUGAAACAUAUGACACCAGCCAUUCUGAAAUAGUGGAAAAUUUCAUAGGCUCACGGCAAAAAAGUACUAAGACGUCCUUUAAAUCAGGAAGUGAUGAAACUGUGAGAAAAGUCCUUGCGAAUGAUUCUAAAAUUCUUGGUACCUCUUUCACCGAUGAUACUACAUCUAGAAGCAUAGACCUGCUCGCUGGGGGAAAGAUUGACAGAGAAAAGCAAAAUCCGCAAAGGCAUGAUCCGGUGCUACCGCGCAAGAGCAGUGUAAGUAGCGCCAUGACUGCAGCAAAAGUGUCAACUGUACGACCUGCAAAAUUGAGUCGUCACAUAAGUCUAGGCAAGCACGGUUUUGGUAUCGCUGCACCUAAGGGCGUCGCAGCUGAAUUACAUACCGAGAAUGCUAGUGCCGCGAGACCAGUUUCUACUUCAUCAAAAGGGUUUGAUCCAAAUAAGAAAAAUACUUUCACCAUGGCAAAUCAUUUGCUUGGCGCCCCAGUCCAUCCAGAUCGACCGCCGUCGUCAAACAGUGAAAGAUCGAGGAUGAGGUCCGAUAACAUUUCCAUCGAAAGCAAGCGAACAAGUGAACCGGAGGUUGAGAACAGCCCUUCGGUACGCCCCAUGACCAUCAAAAGCGCACUUCAGUCUUUGGAUUCCACAAACCAAUUUAAAUCUAGAUCUGUCUUGAGCUCUUUCUACGAAGGGAUGAAGGGCAACGAAGAUGAACACAGGAAUUUGCAGCUGCUGAGAACUAAUGACGAUCAAAAAGUCUUCAAUUCGAAGCUUCUCGCUGAAGCGGUCCCAGAAUUACCAGCGACUUUAUCUCCGACUACUGCUUUGUCGCCAUGGCUAAGUGCGCUGAAUCCCUCCAACCCAGCAGAAAAUGACACAAUGGGAAAAACAGUCUACAGAAGAUGGCAGCAUGUUUUUCCCAAGCCAAUCCUCACCAGAACAAUGAAGUGGAAAUCGCUCUGUUCUCCUGCAUCUGUCCCAUUAACGACCGAGUCAUUUCCUACAAAGUUUCAACUUGAAACUGAAUAUCAACAAAAGCCAUACAAUAUCUCCCAAAACUCCGAGGAUGAAACCAGCGAAGAUCCAAAUACUAGGGAGGACUUCUUGAGGGAGUUAAUUGGCUUACGACUUUCCCGGGGGUUUCAGAUCGUUAUUGGUCCAGGGGUGGCUGAGGCAUUUGGACAAAAGUCCCUGAAGAUCGCGAAUGUUUUCGACCGUGAUCGUAUUACUGAGGAUGGAGCCAGUGUAUUCAUGUCAAUGGGAAACAUAAUCCACCAAUUAUCAUGCGUGAAUGGCACCGAGAUUGAAGUUAAUAUGUUCGUCCGAAAGCCGACAGCUUUGACUACACCUAGCUCAGGAACGUUAAAUCCAUCCGGGUACUAUCCAGCAAUUCGAACGACCCUAGGCGACGCGUACGAAUCGCGCAAAAUCACAUUGGGACGAUCAAAAGAUGAAUAUAAUUGGAAUUACGUUGACUCUUUCAUUGCGGGGUUCGAAGACGACAUGACAGAACAGCUCCGAUUCUGGCGCGCAAGGUUCGUUUUGAUACCUGUGGCACGCCCAACGCAAUCGCGACGUGACCAUAUGAGAGGUGAGGACAAUGAAGAGGAAGUCCGGCUAGAAGGUAUCAGGAAGCUCACACAAAUGUGGCAAAGCCACAGAUAUGUUCCGCCUUCAGAGCGACGUUUUCAGAGUCUUGCUUCUAGAAGAGUAAAAGAUUCGAAUCCUCUUGACAUUGUGUACAAGACCGAAGAUCCAUCCGUCGUUGUAAGCGCAGAACUCGAGUCUUUACCUCUCGUUGAGACCAGUGAAAGUGCAAGUAGACGUGGGCAAUUACUUGAUUCAGAUCGUUUUCGAAAAUCAAAACUCGAUAUUGCCGCCUUGGCGGAGGCUAUCCAAGUUCCUGUUGAAAAGGGUGGUGUUCGCAUGCAAAAUAGAAGAUGGCAUUUUCGCUUGCAUUACAACUGUUUUAUUGGUUCGGAUAUGACGACCUGGUUGCUCGAAAAUUUUGAGGACGUUGAAGACCGUGAUCAGGCAGUUGAGCUGGGAAAUUUGCUUAUGGUUGACGAGACCCAAAGGCUGAGAGAGAAGGAUAUAGGCAAAGAGAGAGAUAGAGAUGUAGGAAUAUUUGUCCAUGUUGAGAAGCGCCAUCCUUUCCGAGACGGACAGUACUUCUAUCAAGUUACUGGGGAAUUUGCCAAACAGCGUCCAGAUAGCCGUAGUGGCUGGUUCGGGUCUCGACGUCGUGAGAAUUCUGUGCCUUCGACUCCGAUGUCAGAUGUCAUGCCUAAAGACCCUCCACGACCAGACAGGGCAAAGUCCAGCUCUACGCAAGACGAUAGUGCAAACGACUCAGGUGUGCCAACCCCAACAACGAACGGGGGAAAGAGGCCUAAGGUCUCUUUAAGUAAAGUUAUGAAGUAUGAUGUUGACCAUCGGAAACGCUCCUAUCGUCCCGAACUCAUUAAUCUUCACUAUGAUCGUCUUCAUAAUCCUGACAGUUGUUACCACAUUCGGAUAGAUUGGCUCAACGUCACAGCUAAGUUGAUUGAAUAUGCUAUACAUACGUGGGCAACAACUGCCGAACAACAUGGCCUACGACUCGUUGAAGCACCAAUUGGUGAAGCAUGUUCUAUUGCUUUAGUUCAGCCAUUCAGAAGCCCUUACUUGAUCGAAUUAUCUUUGCAGCCUCCAGAUCAGCAGCCUCGAACAUAUUUCGAUGUUAAUUCAUUUACUCCACAAGCACAAAUUACUCAGUCUAAUAAACAUUAUUACCAAAAAGCGCUCAUGAAAAAGUUCAAUUUUGUUCUAGACAUUGAGGCUGCGAAGAAUUUUCCGAGCAACGUUGAUGUGACUUUCUCAUGGGGACGGCCAGACUACACCUAUACCCAGUUCAUUCAUAGAUCCGGAGUAGUACUUGCGCAGAUUACAGAUGAAGGCAAUUUCCUUCUUCUAGCGAAUCGACUAUACAAUAAUAGGACCGCAUCAGCCAGAGACACAGACAAAUAUAUGAAAGUGGAUCAUCCCGGUGCCAAUCGUAUGGGACCCAGUGCAAUUAUAAAUAAUCCCGGCCUUGCUGCAGGCACAUCGAGUCCAUUUCAAUCACCAAUCUUACGCGCGGCUCGUGCCCCAUCUCCUCUUCUCCGUGCGACCCACUCCUCCUCUCCUGCCUUGCGGUCGACAGCUGAUGUAUUAGGUCCUUCUCUUCCUAAUUCCAAACUAGCUUCUAUUGGCAGCAUUGGCCCCGACACCAUCAAAAUUGAACUCGAAGAGUUCUGUCACAAUAGCGGGAAAUUAGAACGUUUCUACAAAGAAAUAUUUGAAAAAGUGACACCGCCCCAUGCGACGCCACCGACGCUUAGAAGCCCAUUCCCGACUGUGUUUCUCGAUUCGAAUAUUCCGAUAUUAGGACUGCCGCCGGGAGUCUUGGCGAAAAACGGGAGGGAUGGUAGUCCAACGCCGACGAGGUUGGAGAGGAUGCAGGGAUUGGGAAGUAGUAUGCCAGUUCUUGGGAGGAGACCGAGUGUACAGAUUAGUGCUGGGACUGGUGCGAAUGAUGCAUCAAGGCAGGAAAGUCCGAGAGGGAGUAUAGCUGAAGAUUAA